CGGUCGGUCCGCGUGGGCCGGAUUUUGUACAGCUGGAUGUCUUCUGGAAUCCAGCCCCGGCUCCUCCAGCACACCCACGCUGGCACCCCCUGAAUUUAGAGGCAGCCAGAAUUUGUUCCUGGAGUGCAGGCCCUCCUCCGAAUACCCGGAGCCAGGGCCCCUCCCAUUUAUCUCUGUGACGUCACCGGCCGGAACCUGGAAUCCCCGCGGCUGGGAGGCCGAGCCGGGCCGCGGCCGGAGCAGAGGUGUCCUCCUCCUCUUAAUUCUCCUUCUUCUCUCUGCUCCUGCACCUUCUUCUUCCAGUUGUGCAGCCAUGGAUGAGUCUAUAUCCACCUACUAUACCCACUUGACGGUGCCCAGAGAGGACGAACACAGGCACUUAAACAUGACCUUCCUUCAAGAACUGCCCAGCUACAGGUCCAUUGUUCGGAGGAGGGCCUCCAUCCUUGGGAGGGAUAAAACUCGAGGCAGUUUGCUGAAGCCAGCCAGCUCUGACCACAAGGCCCAUUUGGAAAUAGGAAAAUUGGAGAAAGAACAUGUUGGGAGUCAAUCCAUCAGGAAAUAUGCAUUGGAUAUCUCUGAGAAGAGGCGACUGAGGGAAAUCCAGGAGGCCCAGAUCAAAUAUUUAUCUGAUUGGGACCAGUGGAAACAGUACAGCACCAAGUCAUGGAAAAAAUUUAUUGAAGAGACCAAGGAGUUGGCUUCCCAUUUGGAAUUGUGGAGAAAUGACCUCCGGAGCAUAGAGGGGAAAUUUGGUACAGGGAUUCAGGCCUAUUUUGCCUUCCUUCGGUUCCUGGUGAUCUUGAACUUGGUGAUAUUUAUUAUCAUUUUUUUGUUUAUUUUGCUACCGAUCAUCCUUACCAAGUACAAGAUUACUGACAGCACCUUCCUGAUUAUUCCUUCCAGUGAAAUAGAUCUUCGAUGCAAAGUGUACACAAUGAAUAGCACUGGACUCAUUUACUUCUAUACUUAUAUGAUAGAUUUGCUUUCGGGUACUGGUUUCUUGGAAUGGACCAGCCUAUUUUAUGGCCAUUAUACUGUAGAUGGGAUAAAAUUCAAAACCUUCACAUAUGAUUUGCCUCUCGCCUAUUUGCUGAGCACAAUCGCUUAUAUGUCAUUGAGUCUCCUCUGGAUAGUGAAAAGGUCUGUGGAAGGAUUCAAACAAAACUUGGUCCGAAGUGAGGAACAGUAUCAGAGCUACUGUAAUAAAAUCUUUGCUGGUUGGGAUUUCUGUAUCACAGAUCAGACGACUGCCCGGCUCAAGCAUAGCAGUAUACUGUAUGAGCUUAAAACAGACUUGGAGGAAGAAAGAAUAAGGCAAAAAAUAGCUGAGAGGACUCCAGAGGAAACCUUAAGGAUUUAUUCUCUCAGACUGCUUUUGAAUACUGUGGUUGUAGCUUUCCUGGCUUCCUGCUUUUAUUCAAUUUAUGUAGCAACUGUAUUUUCCCAAGAACACAUGAAAAAGGAGAUUAACAAAAUGGUAUUUGGAGAGAACCUUCUCAUCCUUUAUCUUCCCUCUAUUGUGAUUACAAUGGCCAACUUUAUCACUCCCCUCAUCUUCUCCAGGAUCAUUCAUUAUGAAGACUAUUCACCAGCCUUUGAGAUCAGAUUGACUCUUCUUAGGUGUGUCUUCAUGCGAUUGGCUACCAUUUGUGUUCUUGUGCUUACCUUGGGGUCCAAAAUAACCUAUUGUGACAAUGAGGAUUGCCGAGUCUGUGGCUAUAACCACAAACUCUAUCCGUGCUGGGAAAAUCAAGUUGGACAGGAAAUGUAUAAGCUGAUGAUCUUUGACUUGAUCAUCAAUCUUGCCGUAACUAUAUUCAUUGAAUUUCCUAGAAAGUUAUUGGUGACCCAUUGUUCUAAUUGGAAAUUGAUUCGGUGUUGGGGGCAACAGGAAUUUGCCAUUCCUGAUAAUGUCCUGGGCAUCGUUUAUGGGCAGACCAUCUGCUGGAUUGGAUCUUUUUUCUCUCCCCUCCUCCCUGCAAUUGCGACUGUGAAAUUUAUUAUCAUCUUUUAUGUGAAAGAGAUCAGCCUGAUGUAUACCUGUAGACCUUCCACCAGGCCUUUCAGAGCAUCCAAUUCUAAUUUUUUCUUCUUGUUGGUGCUGUUAAUUGGACUAUCAUUGGCUUUCAUCCCACUGGGAAUCAGCAUGACACACAUUCCAUCCUCCAAGGCCUGUGGACCAUUCACAAAUUUUAACACCUCCUGGGAUGCCAUCCCAAAGACCGUGAGCACUUUCCCUGUUGCUCUGCAAACACUGGUCCAUGCUGUCACUUCAGAAGCCUUUGCAGUGCCUUUCUUUAUUGUUAUCUGUCUCAUUAUGUUCUAUUUCAUCGCCCUGGCCGGUGCACACAAACGGGUCGUUGUUCAACUCCGGCAGCAGUUGGCUGUGGAAAGUCGAGACAAACACUAUCUAGUUCGGAGACUUACAGAGCUUCAGGAAGAGACAAGAAACAGACCAAGCUGAUUUGAACACAAUUCUGGUUACUUUCAAGCUGACUGAGCUUUUGUACUGAACCUCAAAAACUCAUCUGUAGAAUUUUGCACAAAUAAUAUAUUUUUCUAGAGUUCAGGCUUUUCUGUACUGUGAUACUAUUACUGCUGUUAUAGUUAGGGAUUAUGAAGUCAGUGUUUACAUAACUAAUUUCUAUUUCAGGAUUUUGUAAACUAUAACAACAGUUUGAGCUGAGUCUCUGCUUGUAGAAUCUCAGGCCAGUGACUACAAAAAAUAUUUUAGGUUAUUUAAGUUUUUUACAAGGGAAGUAGGGGACAAAGAGAAUUUGACUUUUUUUUAGAUAGUUUGAGAAAUUUUGUUAGGUUACAUUUGGAGGCCAUUAGUCCAUGAGAUUGGACUGAUACUAAUGUGCCACUUUUGUCCUACUUCUGCCAUAUUUCAAUGGUAUAAACUGAAUAACUUUUCCUAUGACAUUUUUUAUAUUUUUGGGUUAUGCUAACCCUAAAAUUGACUUUGCUUUAUACAAUAAGGUAAACUCCUGAACCAUCAUGUUGUUAGCGGUAAGAAAAUUGAAAACACAGUUAUUUAACUAGCAUUAAUUUUUUUUUUAAUUUACCCCAGUUUUGGUAAGAUAAGAUGCAAAAAUGUCCAUCUUAUCCUGAUGAAAUCUGAAUAUUAGGCAUAUGCAACUCUUGCAUGACUUAAAAUGAUUUUCAGAUAAGAUCAUUAAGAGAGACUAGCCAUGCUUUCUUAACUUAUAUGACAACAGAGUAGCAGAACAUAAAGUUGUUUUUUGAAAAUGGGUGUCUCUUGAACUUUUACCUCUCUUUUAGGGCUGAUCUAUGGUUUCUAGGAAUUACACCCAUUUCUUCCAGAAGUGUAAGACAGCAGAGUUUUCCUUGAUUCCCUAAGUAAGGCCUGUUUCCUUUUAUGUUUUAUAGGCAGUACUUUUAAAGGACAUUUUGAGCUACAGAAACAUUCUGGGAAGAAUGUUUUUAAAUGUGUUUUAUAGUUCUGUUUGGCUGUAGAUAAGCUCUUUGGGAUCAUGCUGUCAGACCUUCCUAUUUAUUGCUAAACCUCUCACUGAAGAUUACGGUAUACCUAAAUCACUGACUUGGGUCCUUUUCAGAUAAAACAUUUUGCAAACUAGAUUUGCUAAAUUUCUAAGGGGGAAUUUAGCUUCCUAUUAACACAAAGAAUCACAUUUAAAAGUAAUAUCUGUUUAUAAUUUAUCUAUGAACAAAAUUUCAAUGAAACAUAACUGGAAGUCAUUUAUAACUCUUACUGUAGUAAAAACUAGGAAUAGAUGCCUUGAAAUUGGCUAAUUCUUGGCCGCAAAAUCCUUCUGAAUUAUUCCCUGAAUUAUCAACUAAUACAACAUUAUGAAAAAGGAGUGUUUAGUUGAAAUCUUUUAAAUAUAUGCAGAUUAUAUUAAAGUAGCUCAUUUUCACAAAAUGUCUAUAGGCUGGAAUUUUUUUCAAUGUAAUUAUAGUUUAGUUUUUCAAAAGCAAUUCUAAGUGAUAGUUUCUUACUGUUUUCAUUUUCCUUUACAUUCAAACACACUUUUGAUAGCCUGAAUUUCAGAGGAUAAGUUUUAUGGAAAUGAUUGCUGAUACUGAGGAAUAUUUGCUCAAAGAUGAUUCCUUCCUUUUAAAGAUGGCUGAUCUUUGUUUAUAGAAGAAUCUUUGUGUCAUAUACACAGUUUUUCUGCUUUCUAUGUAUAUAAUCCCAUUACCAACCAUCUAUUGUUUUCUUAUCAAUUCACAAAGCUAGUUUAUGAUGAAAGGUAGUUUAUGAUCGAUUUGAAUUGCAACAAGGAUUUAUAACUCAUAUCUUAUGAUGACCACCCAAGAGCAGGAGAUUUUCAGGGAGCAUCUUUCUUAUUAUUAAGGGCUUGUACCUUUUGUGUUCUCACCAAUAUACAAUGCUUUUAUCAUACAAAGAAUCAUUAUUUUCACUGUAAUGAGGAACUGUCACUAUUUCUGACCAGUGUCAACGUUAGCAAGGUUAAUUCCUACAGCCUCCAAUAAGUAUUUUCUGCUUUUUAUUGACAGAAACACUGAAAACCAAGAAUUAUUGUCACAUAUUUUUGUCAUUGUUAUGGCGUGCUAAUUCAUGUAUUGUUAAUUGUAGUGAAAUGUUGAUUUUUGUAAAUAUUACUUGGAAUUUUUUUUGUCAAAUUGUUACUUAUGGUUAAAUUUGUAGGAUUAAAAAAUAUAGAUCUCUGCUUAGUGUGCAUUAAAACUAUCAAUUAAAACAAUGUUUAAAAUCUUAGAAUAAAUACAUGUAUGCUUGGA